UAUAUGACAACAACUGUCACUUGUCAUUAAUAUAUUUUGGUUAAAAUUUUAUUUCAAAGAAAAAGGCGAAGAAAAAUAUUAUCAAGAUGGCCCUUUUAUCAUCUUGUUUGCAGCGAUCAAUAAAACCAACAUUUUUGGGAAAUUUAAAUACAUUAUUUAACUCGUUGCACAUGAGUCCUAGGUCACAACAAUCCACAAAAACCCUUGACAAAUUGCCUGGAGCCGAUUUUAACCCUAGUAAAACUGCCCAAGACUACCAGAACAUUUUCCGCAAAGUAAAUGAUAACCUAAGUUCACCAGAAAGUCAUGGUCGUCUGUUUGCUGUCGUCCACUUGUGUGGAAAACAAUUCAAAGUUACGUCUGGUGACAUAAUAGUUGUUGAGGGAUACUGGCCCCCAACCGUUUCCGAUCGCAUUCACCUGGAAAAAGUCUUGCUUGUUGGAGGGAAUAAUUUCACUUUAUUCGGACGGCCAAUACUUGAAAGCGGGCUUGUUGAUGUCCAAGCAACUAUUAUUGAGAAAACUUUGUCGCAUACUAAAACGCAUUUCAAGAAAAAGCGAAGGAAGCAAUACACAAGGAUUAACUUUCAGAGGUCGCCGCACACAAUGCUACGAAUCAAUUCGGUAGAUAUUGUUGGAAAAGUUAAUGAAUCCGCUAAAGGCAUUAAUUCUGUUAAUCUAUUUUAAUUAGACGUUAUGCAUUAAAAUAAAAACAUUGUUCAUUAUUAUUAA